GUCCUACCGGGCGGCAGGCGCGCCGACGGCGUGUGGCAGGGCGUUUAUAGGCUGCCCUGCGCUGUGCCCAGCAGGCGGGCUCACCGCUAGGGACCGCGCCGUCCUCCGGGCCGGCGUCCGACCUCUCGCAGCCCUCGCCGCGCGCGGUAGGACGUCUGUCACGCCGCGGAACAACCGGCGCAAACCCGUCACACGAUCUCACAUGCACUUUUGCAGAGCAGCCGAACAAACUGCCCGGAGCUCCGCCGGGGCAGCUCCAUUCGCGGCGUCGCUGACCAUGGCCAUGCGCGUCGGCCUCGUCCUCCUGCUCGCGCACUGCGCCGCGCGCCCGGCGCCGCCGCGCCCUCUUGCACUGAAAGGCGGUGCCAAAAAAAAGGCCAUCAAGCAUGGUAAGUCAUGCUUCCACGCCAUCGACGCGACGCCAGCUCGACGGCGUAGCGGCGUGGUUCUCACCGGUCGAUCUGCGCGCAGGCUUCCGCCACCGGAUCCACCCCAUCCAUCUGGGGAUCACGGGCUACGCUGGGUACGUGGCCCUCAAGGAACUGAACGAAGAGCUAUACGACCUGGGCCACCACCACGGCCUCGCGAUGCUCGUCGCGAGUCGCUUGUGCCGAACGCUAGCGACCAUAGAAGACAAGGCCAUGCACGAAUUACCCUCAUUAAAAAAGAUGUUGGUUGCGCAGACCACCAUGCAUAUACUAUGCGCGGGCGCCGUCGUCGCGGCGGGCUGGGAGGUCUACAACGACCUGAAGCCUGGUGGGCACCAUGGCAUGGUGUUAUUGGCGAUCCACGAGGUCCACGAGCUCCUCGAGGAGGCGGACUGGGAUCCCAAGCAUCAUAAAGCAUUGCACUCGGCUACCUUGAAAUUUGUGAUCGCGGGCGGGGCGUUGGCCUGCGCCGUGGUGGAGCUCGUCGAGGAUUUGGUGCCGGGCGCACAUCACGGCGUCGCUUUACUAGCAGCGUCGCACGUGUGGUCGUCUAUUGGUUUAAUUCGCGCGGCGCGGAAAGCGCGGUCGUGA